AUGGCUCAAGAAAUUGAUAAAGAUGUUAGUGAUUUUCCUAGAUACCAACAAAUGGUUAUCGAAACCAUGUACGGGCCUGAUGUUCCUUAUUAUCAACAAGGACUACAACACCCAAAUCAAUCGGCCCAAACUUUCUUUAAACUGGUGAACCAAGCGACCGAGCCAUUAUGGGACGGGUCUCUAAAAGCUUCCACACUCUCUACCACUACCAGAUUAUUGAAUUGGAAAUCUGAGUAUAAUGUUUCAGACUCGUCAUUUGAUAGACUACUUCCGAUAAUCAAAGAUAGUCUACCAACAGGUGCGAAGCUUCCUGAUAACUUCUACGAGACCAAGAAAAUGUUAAAGCCAUUAAAGUUACCUUCACAACGAAUCCAUAUACACAAAAAUUGGUGGCAAUGUUCCUAA